AUGCUACGUCGAUUUCUAGCUUUUCGGCUCGCAAAGCCUAGACUGGAAGCAUCUCCUCGUAUCGUCGACGUGUCGCGACUCCGCAUCGAUGGGUUUGCGAUGUGUAGUCAUGGCCUUGACGACGACGGGGUGGACGACGAGGAAGAUGGUGAUUGGUUUAUUGUAUCUAAUGAUGACGACGAUGACGAUGAUUACCUCGGCGGUGCUAGGUAUGGUGGCAUCGAUGGCGGCCGUGGGUGGGAGAUUGUCAAGUGUCAAGAAAUGAUAUGCGAACUGCCGCACACGGAGAGUUCUGCGGACGCGGACGUGCACGCAGACUUACGUGCCCCCUACGAGGACGAGGACACGAGGAUGAGGAGGAGAUCCUGUUACAGAUCCAGGCCCAGGGUAGAGAAGGGCUCCUAG